AUGGAAUUUCUUUUAGAAAAUUAAAAAAAUGAUGAAAGUUACGGAAAACAAUUGAUAUCUACAUUUGUAAGAAAUAUCAAAAGUACAAAAUAAUAUCUUUAAAGAUUUAAAGAAAAGUUUCGAAUCGAAUCAAGCUCAAGAUUAAGUAAUAAAAUAAUGAUAAAAAGAAUAUUUUGUUAACCAAAAUGAAUUAAAGAAAAUAACAUCAAAGAAAAGAAAAGCAUUGAAAUAUUGUGGAACAAAAAUGUAUAAUUAAUUGUAGUAAAUUUGAGAUAUAGUUUAGAAAAAAUAAAGAGAUCAGAAGAAUCUUUGGCAAAUUAUGGUUAAGCAAUAUAAAAAAAUCCUGAAAAUUCUGAUUAUUAUAAUUGCAAAGGUAUAAUUCAAAACAGAUGAUAUUUUAGCUAAUACAUUAAAUAAAAUGAACAGAUUUGAAGAAGCUUUGGUUAAUUAUGAUUCAGCAAUAUAAAAAAAUCCAGAAAAUUC